CAGCAGUGCACCCACCUGUGCCUAGCAGUGCAACCACCUGUGCCACCCAGCAGUGCCACACACCUGUGCCCAGUAGUGCCAUCCAGAAGUGCCACCCACCUGUGCCCAGCAGUGCCACCUACCUGUGCCCACCCACCUGUACCCACCAGUGCCACCCACAUGUGCCCACCAGUGCCACCCACCAGUGCCCAUCAGUGCAUCCAAGCAGUGCUGCCAGUCAGUGCCCAGCGUCAGUGCCACCUAUCAGUGCUGUCUAUCAGCACCCAUCAUCAGUGCCGCCUAUCAGUGCCACCUAUCAGUGCUGCCUAUCCGUGCCACCUCAUUAGUGCUGCCUAUCAG